AAGGGGGGCGAUCGUGGGAUGCGGACUCUUCCUCCAACACCCUGGGUGUCGCCUGCGCCUGGCUCACCCCGGCCCGCAAGAUCGGAUCAGGUGAUGAGGUGGAGAGUCGAGGUGAGAUGAGGUCUAAAGAAAGCCCCUUUUGCGGAAGGAACACACUUGCUGGUAUAGUUUCAUAAUGCCAAGUACUUUGCCCUUCUGGAUCUUAAAAAAUUCUGCGAGGAGCGGCAUUGCAGCAUUACAGGGGGGCAAACGUUUAUAUUCAAGGUGGGCCUCAAAUGGAAAUGAAGCAAGGUGGAGACUCUUUUCCCACCUACCAGGCACCAGAAAAAGCAGUGUCCCGUGCAGUGGCUUCGCUCUGCAGAAAGCCUCCAGACACACAUCAACAGAGGAAGAUGACUUUCAGUUGCAGCUCAGCCCUCAGCAGGUAAAUGAAGUUCUGCGAGCCGGCGAGUCAGCCCACAAGAUUCUUGACCUCGUCAGUGGAGUCCCAAAUUCGGUGUUACGGUUUGAGAGCAACCAGCUGGCUGCCAAUUCCCCGGUGGAAGACCGUCGAGGUAUCGCUACCUGCCUGCAGACCAAUGGUCUGAUGUUUGGCAUCUUUGACGGACACGGUGGCCAUGCGUGUGCUCAAGCAGUGAGUGAGAGGCUCUUCUACUAUGUGGCCGUGUCACUGAUGUCCCAGCAGACCCUGGAGCGGAUGGAGGGAGCUGUGGAAAGCAUGAAGCCCCUGCUGCCCAUCCUGCAUUGGCUCAAGCGCCCAGGGGACAGUAUCUACAAGGAUGUCACGUCCGUGCACCUCGAUCACCUCCGUGUCUACUGGCAGGAGCUGCUUGACCUGCACAUGGAAAUGGGACUCAACAUUAAGGAAGCAUUAACUCAUUCCUUCCAGAGACUGGAUUCUGACAUCUCGCUGGAAGUCCAGGCCCCCCUGGAAGAUGAGAUGACAAGGAACCUUUCACUCCAGGUUGCCUUCUCUGGAGCAACAGCUUGCAUGGCCCACGUGGAUGGAGUUCACUUGCAUGUGGCAAACGCUGGUGACUGUCGGGCCAUCCUUGGGGUCCAGGAGGACAAUGGCAUGUGGUCUUGUCUACCCCUCACCUCCGACCAUAAUGCCUGGAACCCGGCCGAGCUGUCGCGGCUGAAGAGGGAGCACCCUGAGUCAGAGGACAGGACAGUCAUCGUGGACCACAGGCUGCUGGGCGUCCUCAUGCCCUGCAGGGCCUUUGGGGACGUCCAGCUGAAGUGGAGUAAAGAGCUGCAGCACAGUGUCCUGGAGAGGGGCUUUGACACCGAGGCCCUCAAUAUUUACCAGUUUACCCCCCCACACUACUAUACUCCCCCCUACCUGACUGCCAAGCCUGAGGUCACCUACCACCGGCUGAGACCCCAGGAUAAGUUCCUCGUGCUGGCCUCAGAUGGUCUGUGGGACGUGCUGGGCAACGAGGAAGUGGUGAGGCUGGUGGUGGAGCACCUGGCCGAAGCAGGUCGGCACAAGCCAGACCUGGCCCAGAGACCUGCCAACCUGGGACUCAUGCAGAGCCUUCUGCUGCAGAGGAAAGCCCAGGGGCUCCAUGCAGCCGACCAAAACGCGGCCACACGUUUGAUCAGACACGCCAUAGGGACCAAUGAGUACGGGGAGAUGGAGCCUGAGCGGCUGACAGCGAUGCUGACGUUGCCAGAGGACUUGGCGAGGAUGUACAGGGAUGACAUCACUGUCACAGUGGUGUAUUUUAACUCAGACUCAAUAGAUGCCUAUUACAGGGGGGGUUGAGAGGCUCCCGUCUGGCCAAGGUUAACUUAAAUGCUUUGCUAAGACAUUUUUCAUUUAUCCUUAAGCUGGCUCUUCAGACCUUACUCUUAAAAAGGCAGGCAGAUGUAGCUUGCUUAAAAAUAGACUAACGUGAGCGAAAAAAACUAGCCUUGGUUUAAAAACAGUAGCAGUGAUUUCAUGUCCCCGUGUGUUUUGGUCACCUUUUCUACGCAGAGAGGGCAGGGCAUGGAGAGCAUAUGGGCUUGGGCCCAUAGCCAAAGCCCUUUUAUAAAGACACUGUUGUUAAACUGUCAGCCUGAGCCUUCCGAGGGUAAGUUUAAUCAUCGUUCUGAGAAUGUGAAGAACUUCAGGAUUUUCUGAGGUUAUGCCGCAAAAUCAGCACACUUGGCAGUUUUCCUCAGUUCACAGUCGUGGACAGCUAGACUUUGAAGGAAGGUUUUGUUUAGUUUUUAUUUUUAAAUUACUACGACCUAGGUUUACAAAGCAUAUUCUAGAAUACUUUUCUAUGCAACAGUCAAACUUUUUUGUGUGACUCUACUUGUGAAAACAUUAUGUGAUGCUACACCCUCAUUGUGUUUUAGUUUGGCCUAAAACCGAGUCCUCAGAGUUGCAAACGGGCCUACUUGUAAGCAUGCUUGGAAUGACUCGUCUUGGUUUUCAGCCAAGAGGGGUGAGGGUGGGUAGGCCUCUGCACCAGCUGAAUUCACUUGCGCAUCUGGUGAGCCCUUUUGCUGUGUCUCAACCCCUUGAACCUUGAGCCACUAGGAGGUAACUUCUGUCUAAGCCUUAAUUCCUGGCCUUCCCUGCAUUAAUAAAAUACCCUCCGGGCUUAGCCUCUGGGCAGGUUAAUUGAGAGCACUUAGCCUUUCUGAUUAUACCUCUCAAACAUUCUUCUGUGAAUUCCACCUAAUCCUCCUACCUCUGCUCUGCUGACUGCCUCGCUCUGCAGCUGCUGACUGCGCCGUGCUGUCCCGGAGGAAGGCUCCCUCUCCAGAGGGUUGCAGGGAAGGAGAAGAUGUGAUUAUGUACCAUGAUAGUUGGGACAAGUCAGUGGGCAGGACUGGCACGUGCUAUGAAUUUUGGACUUAAGACUAGACCUGAGCCUGGACUGUGAAAACACAAAGGAUUUGAGAAGUCACUAAGGAAGGCUGCCUGUUCACCUCCUGAAAGGCAGGAGGGAAGGGGGAGGAGUAAGAUUGGUCAGACAGGACACUUGCCUGGAGACUGUGGGCUGAACGGCCUCAGCUGCUCCUUGGGGAGCAGACCAUAUUUAGUAUAAGAGUUGGGGCAAAAAUAAAAAUGUGACCCGUAAUGGCUUCUGUGGGCGGCACAGUCUUCGUGUUUAUUUCAAAUGAAGCCAUGUGCCUCCUUUCUCGGGGAACGAAUUUCAUGUUCUCGUGAAUUGCGGUGGCAUUUAAACAACAGGAAGUAUGUCCCUAAACAGAAACACAUAUAAUCGCACAAAGCUGACCAUUCUGUCUUCCCGCACUACAUUGGUUGAACCCUCUCUUCGUCUCCAUCUUGUGCCAUCCACUGAAAGAAAAGAGAGUUUGACUUUUCGUGUCCCAGUGACAUUCGUUCAUGUGUUGGGGGACUUCUAGCUGGGAGACAUUCCUCUGUCUGCUUUCCAGUGUAACUUUUUGGUGACAGGGGCUUCGUCUCUACUCAGUGCUUCAGGCUUGGUCAUUCUAUUCCAAAACCAUUAGUGUUCUUUUUGAUCUCCUACAUCUUAAUUGAGAAAUGAAACGUGAAUCACUGCUAUUGUGCUUGCAGGAAGGUUUGUUGCUGGAGCUGAAGACUGCUUGUCUGUCAUCCUUUGUUCUUGAUGCCAGCUCAACCCUGGCCCACCUCGGGGCAUUUACCAUAUUUCUGACUGUCUGAAUCCUGUUUGGGAGCCUAGCGUGGGUCACAAAAUACAUCUGAUGCAGUAACUCAUGGGACAGCUGAGAGGACACAGACUUCCUGCCUGCUUCUCCAAGCAUAUCUGUUUUCUCUCUGCCUAAUAUAUUGCCCGCUUUCUAGUCGGUAUAUUGAAGUGGAAAAAAGGCUGAAUUGUUGUCUGCCUUUUUCCACAGUGAACUCUCUCAGGCUCUCUCCGCUCUUUCCCUGAAUGCUCCAGGGAGAGCUUCCUGGUUAAGCCCCAGCAUGUCUAUGUCCCCGACCCAACUUCUGGUGUCACUGGCCUUUCCGAGACAACAUAAGCUAUUGCUGGAGGACACUGGAAUUUGAGAGGGGGUUGGUGGUACUUGUCAGUCUUCCAGAGCAUUUAUCAUUUCUUUUACGUGAAGCUUUCAAUUUUGAGACAUCUAAAAUGAACUAAGAAAUAAGAUGGACCAUUUAAUAUUUUGGAUGUAACUUGAAUACAUUAUGCUUUGGUUCUUUAAAUUGCGUCAUAGUUUAGGUAAGAGGCUUUGGUAAUAUUGGCAUAACUUAGAUAUUGUUUUAUGUAUAAAUAAUACAACCCUGCUGAUUCCGGGGAUUGGUCAAAAUAGAGAAGAUGGUAUAGUUCUAGAUUCAAAUUAGAAUGCUAAGUCAAGUUACUUAGAUUCAGUUUUUCUGACAUAGUAUUUGUAACAGUCAAGCUAAUUUUGUUAUUUUUUAAAAAGCUGAUUUGUUAAAAUGAAAAUGUGAACUUUGAGGUAUGUUAAUAUAUAAACAGUUUUCCCAGAAAUCGGAUUGGCCUAAAAGAUCGUUUGCAUCCAAAAAAAAAAAAUCGUUUGCAUCAGACACACUGGGUAAAAGUUCAGUUUAGACACAACUAAGCUGCACCUUGUGUACGUCAGUGCAAUAGAAACAGCUUGAACUUGAGUCAGCUAAAGAAGAGAAUAAUGAAUUGUAUGGAACAAAAAAAUGUGUUCAGAACGAGUCUGGCUUGACUCUUUGGUCUCUCAGUUCCUGGUAACGUAUCUUCACUUGACAGCUCUUGGGAGAACUCUGCUUCCCAGAUUAAACCAGAGGAUCCUGGAAUGGAGCCAUCAUAGUUUCAUUUUAAAGUGGUGCAUUUGUCUCUGAACAUGACUCCUUCCCCUGGCAGAAAAAAACCCUGGUGUAGCUCUGGAGCUGGGCUAUGAAGACUGGUGUUGCUGUCAUCACGUCGACUGCCUGGCGUAUCACUGAGCGGGGACGUGGGCUGCUGUGCCAUCAUCUCCUGAGCUGGCUGAGCCUCUGUCCCUUCUACCUGGGGCACCUGCUGUGUAACGUGCUUCCUGGAAAAUAAUUCUUAUCAAGCAUUGACUUGGAAAAAUGAUUAACCCUGUUCUUUCAUAUUUACUGACAUUUCUAUUUUAAGAUGUAUAGCAAUGUUCUUAUUGGACAUGGAUUUUCUAACUGUUAGAGAUAUUUAAAUGAAACUUGUCAAUAAAAGAGGCUAAAUGAAA